AACUGAAGAAGGAAAAAUAUGAAGUCGCAAAGGAAAUGAAAAAGAGAAAGGAAAGGAAGAAUAUAGAGAGGAAAAAGGAGUUCUUUUCCCUUUCUGAAUCGUGUAAAUAGUAUAGGGAAGUGUAUGUGAGAGAGAGAGAGAGCUUAGCUGGCGAGAGCGGGAUAGCCGGAAAGUCAAACUUCCUCCUUCCACCACCGUCAUCGCCGCCCAAUCCCGGCGGUCGUCUGCUCACCAAACCUACCUGACCCGCCGUAAACCCAUUUCACUCCUUGUUCCAUUGUCAUUCUGCCUUCCCAUACUUAAUUUCAACAACCCAUUUGUUUUUCUUCCUCCGCUGAUUAUUUUGAUUUCUUUUUUGGGUCCCCUCGUUGUCAACUGAAGAGAUUGGAGUGUGCCAGAAGGGAAGAGAGAGACGGAGGAAACAGAGUAGGUAGAGAGAAAAAUAGUAUUGGUAGCCAACAAUUUGUUUUUUUUGGGGGGGAAGGGGAAGAAAUGGGCAACAAUGUAAAUGGGAAGCAACUAAUUUUGUUUGCGAGUGCUCCCUCUUGAGGGAAAAGAGAGGAAAAAAGUGUCGAAGCCUCGUCUUUGGUUUAGCUUCGUGAUUGUGGUGAAGGAAUUUCUGACCCACAUUUCGCUUUUCCUUCUGCUUCCCCUUCAAAAUUCUCGCAGUCUUUUUGAUGAAUGGGUACGUAGUAUUUGAUAUGAGGAAAAGGGUAUUGGAGUUGCUCCUUCACUAUUCGUAACAAACAAAACUGGAGAGGAGCCAUGGUGGAUCCCGCAAGUGUGAAAGCAUUCACCAUUAUUGUACUGAAUCUGGUGGUGUUGUUUCAGCCGACAUUUCAGCAGCAGCAGCAGCAGCAGCAGAGGCUUAGUUCAAGGACUGAGCGAGCUGCCCUGUUCCAGCUGAGGUCUAGUUUGGGUAUAAGGAGCAAAGAAUGGCCUAGAAAGGUUGACCCUUGCUUGGCUUGGGUGGGGAUCAAAUGUGAUAAUGGCAGUGUUUCUGAGAUCAACAUUUCUGGGUUCAGGAGGACUAGGGUGGGUUCACAGAACCCUCAAUUUGCUGUGGAUGCACUUGUCAAUUUCACCAGCUUGACUUCCUUCAAUGCCUCUGGAUUCAUGCUUCCUGGCUCAAUCCCUGAUUGGUUUGGUCUGACUCUCUUCAAUCUCCAGGUUCUUGAUCUCACCUCUUGCUCUAUAAUCAAUGCCAUUCCUGCUAGUUUAGGAGGUUUGACUAGCUUGAUUCGACUUCAUUUGGCUGGUAACCGUUUGACUGGUAUCAUCCCUUCCACUUUGGGUCAGUUGCUGCAGCUUUCGGUUCUUGAUCUCUCACGGAACUUGUUUACUGGUUCCAUAACUCCUACGUUUGGCUCCUUGUCGAAUUUGUCAAGUCUUGAUAUGUCUUCGAACUUCUUAGCUGGACCAGUUCCUCCUGAACUUGGGACGUUGUCCGAGCUCACGUACUUGAAUCUUUCCAACAAUAGUUUGUCAUCUUCAAUACCUGCUGAGCUUGGGGGCCUUGUUGGUUUGGUUGAUCUUGAUCUCACCCGCAAUUCAUUGACUGGAGGACUGCCUAUUGAGUUAAGUGGGCUGAUUAAUUUACAAAGCCUGCUGCUUGGUAACAACUUCAUAGGUGGCUCUUUGCCAACCAGUCUGUUUGCUAAUCAAACUAGGUUGCAGAAUGUGGUUCUCAGCCAAAAUGAUUUCACUGGUUCUAUUCCUGGGGAGCUAUGGUCAAUGCCUGCAUUGCGCUUGCUCGAUAUCUCUGGUAACAAUUUCACAGGUAUGCUGCCACCUACUGACUUGAAUUCUGGCAACACUAGUGCAGCGGUAUUGAACAUAUCCUCAAAUCAGUUCUAUGGAGUUCUUGGACCUAUAUUGAGAAGAUUCAGUUCUGUUGAUCUAUCUGGUAACUAUUUUGAAGGCAUGGUUCCAGAUUAUGUGCUUAACAAGGCAUCUUUCGAUAGAAAUUGUUUCCAGAAUGUUACGAAUCAGAAGAACUUGUUUGAGUGUUCAUCGUUUUACUCCGACCAGGGACUGACUUUUGAUAAUUUCGGCCUCCCAAAUUCUACACAAUCUGGUGGGAGAACUUCAGGGAAGAAGAGCAAGAAAAAUCUUAUUAUAUUGGCAAGUGUCCUGGGGGGACUUGCUCUUCUGUUUUUAGCAAUUUUCAUUUUUCUGCUGCUUUUCUGCUGUCGGAAGAGGAACGGUUCAAAUCAAAGAGGGGUUGCUGUUGAACCAGCUCCUGCUUCAGGGACUGCUCCACCUCCGCCUCCGGAAGCAUCGAUUAACUUCUUGAGUUUGGGAGAUACAUUCACAUAUCAACAGCUGCUUCAAGCUACUGGUGAGUUUAAUGAUGCGAAUCUUAUUAAGCAUGGCCACUCUGGAGAUAUUUAUCAAGGCAUCUUGGAAAAUGGGAUCCCUGUGGUGGUGAAAAGGAUUGAUUUGAGCGCUAUUAAGAAGGAUGCAUAUCUGGUCGAGCUUGCUUUUUUCAGUAAAGUUUCACAUUCUAAAGUGGUGCCACUGUUGGGACAUUGCUUAGAGAAUGAAAAUGAGAAGUUUUUGGUGUAUAAAUACAUGCCAAACGGGGAUUUGGCGAGUUCUUUGUUCAGGAAAACUAGUUCAGAAGAUGAUACUUUGCAGUCACUGGAUUGGAUUACGAGAUUGAAAAUUGCAAUUGGUGCUGCAGAAGCUCUUUGUUGCCUGCACCAUGAAUGUACACCACCCAUUGUGCACAGAGAUGUUCAAGCAAGCAGCAUCCUUCUUGAUGACAAAUUUGAAGUAAGAUUAGGGAGCUUGAAUGAGGUCCAUGCUCAAGAAGCGGAUGUUCAUCAAAGCAGGAUCACCAGGCUGCUGCGGUUACCGUCUUCUGAUCAAGGAACUUCUGGUCAACAGACAGCCACGUGUGCCUAUGAUGUCUACUGCUUCGGGAAAGUCCUUCUCGAGCUAGUGACAGGAAAUAUCGGCAUUAGUGCAGCAAGUGAUACCCAACUGAAGGAAUGGCUUGAACAGAUCAUCCCCAACAUAAGCAUGUACGAGAAGGACCUCGUUGUUAAAAUCGUGGACCCUUCUCUAAUCAUCGACGAAGAUCUCCUGGAGGAAGUUUGGGCCAUGGCAAUAGUAGCAAGGUCCUGCCUGAACCCCAAACCUUCGAGGCGGCCCUUAAUGAGAUACAUCCUCAAGGCAUUGGAAAACCCUCUGAAAGUAGUGAGGGAAGAGACUACAGACUCCGCAAGGCUAAGAACAUCCUCGAGAGGAUCAUGGAAUGCAGCUGUGUUCGGUAGCUGGCGUCAGGCAUCCGAUGUAACUGUGGUACCUGCAACAGCUUCCACCAGCCGGCGGCCAGAGGGAGGAGGGGGCAGUUUUAAAAGGUCAGCAACGUCAAAGUCGAAUUCGCAGUCUCAGGGGAGUGGCGGUGGGCAGAAUGGUGGGGGUGGUGAGCAUUCUUCUUCGCGCAGACGUCAUUCGAGGGAUAUUUUCCCAGAACCAUCUGAAGGUCAACAAGAUAUAGAGAGGCAAGAACACGAUUAGGAAUGUAGAUGCGAAUGAUGGACAUUCUUUGUUAAUAAAGAUGGCUGUGGCAGUGACAACAGCAGCAGCAGCAGCAGGCUUUCCUAUUUCAGAGUGCCUGCUUGCUUUUGUUUCCCAAAAGUGGAGGAGUCAUGUUUUGUAGGGUUUCGGUUGCCUUGGUGGUGAAGAAAGUAACUUUCAGAGGCUGUUUUUUUUGGUUUGAUGGUAGUGAUUUGGAGGGCUUGAUGGAGAUCACAGGUGCAGUUCAACAUGAUUUGUUUGGCAGGUUAACGGUAAUUGAACAGAGCUGCCAUUUUUUUCUGUUCCUUUAGAGUUUUUGUAAGUGGGUCUCCUGUUCUAUUUCUUUUGGUGGGGCAGUCUUUGGUGCUCUGCAAUCAUUGUAAAGGUGUAAACUUUGUUAAGAAUCUGAUGAUAUUGAAAUUGGGUGGGGUUGGGGUUCUUAAGUUAUCUCUUGGAAAGGAAAAGAAGACAUCAUGGAAAAUAACAAACAAAAGAGAAGAUUGUACACUUACUUGUUCGUUUCCCUUUCCUUGUGUUGUUUUUCUUGUGCUUGAGCAUGGUAGUUUCAUCACUCUUACCUUAAAAGCCAAGGGAAAAGACAGGAGACAGGUUGUUGGAUUUACUAGUUACCUGAGAUCCCUUGUUCUAUGGCCAACAGAUGAG